AUGUCAGGUCGCGGUAAAGGUGGAAAGGGUCUCGAAAAGGGAGGCGCUAAACGCCACAGGAAGGUCCUCCGUGACAAUAUUCAGGGCAUCACGAAACCAGCCGUCCGUCGCCUGGCUCGUCGUGGCGGCGUGAAACGCAUCUCGGGUCUCAUCUACGAGGAGACCCGUGGUGUGUUGAAGGUGUUUCUGGAGAACGUGAUUCGCGAUGCGGUCACGUACACGGAACACGCGAAACGCAAGACCGUGACUGCUAUGGAUGUGGUCUAUGCGUUGAAAUGCCAAGGUCGUACUCUCGACGGCUUUGGUGAUUUGGUCAAGCCCACGCAAAAGUCAGCCACCACAGAUUGUGGCCGUGUGCGAACGCUCCAACGGCCCUCUUUGGGGCCACCACUUGUGAUUGUUGCUGGUUCUGCUCUUUCUGCUGCUGUUGUGGAUGUGGAGAGUAAGAAGGAAGAGAUGCAAGGAAGAAGAAGUAGGAGAAGAGGUGAAGAAGGUGGAGGAGGAUGCGUAGUUGAAUGUAGAGGAGGAGGAGGAGGAGGGCCACCGCUUGUGAUUGUUGCUGGUGGUUCUGCUCUUGUUGCUGCCGCUGUUUUUGAUGCUAUCGUUGUUGGUGUGGGUGAGGGGGAGGGUGAGAUUAGGUUUGCGAGCGUGUUUGCUUCAUCCCUCUCCGCCUUCGCUUCCUCCUCCUCCUCCUCCUCCUUCUCUCCUUUCUUCUCCUCCUCCUGCUCAUCGUCCUGCUGCUGCUGCCGCUGCUGUUUGUGCUUCAUCAGGAUGACACAUGCAGCAAACAAUCGACUUUUUUGGGAACCAUGUGUAGUGCAGAUUAAUAGUCACUAUCUGAUCGUCGGACCUUCCCAAGCUUCAACAUGUGUUCAGAUUCCCGUUUAG